GGAGGACAAGUGGUUCGUCCGUGCAGAUACAGAAGCAGUAUUUCCUUUAUCCGAUGGCGUCGCUGCUGGACACACUGAUUGGCGGGUACGCGUCGCUCUUCUGCAUGAACGAACGGCGUGGAUCGCCUCAAAUGUCGGCCAAAGUCCAUGCGCCCUUGGAGCGAAGGCCGGCCCCGAUGCUCAAGAAGGUGACGAAGCUGUCGAUCAACGAUCGGUUGCGCACACUCAUCGGCGAGAUAAUCAGCGAGGAGGAGCUCGAGCAACGUCUCUCGUUCGGACGUGUUCUUGGUGCUGGUGCGACAUCCAAGGUGUAUGAGGCGGUAGACAAAAGCUCGGGCCAACGAGUGUCAGUCAAGGUUUUCGACAAGGUGUCUAUGGUGGAGGCACGUCGCUCUAUGGUUGCAGAUGGCCAAUACGUUCGUGAGAAGGCUGUGCAUCGUGUCCGCCGCCGACUUUUAAAGCUCGUGUCGGAGCUGGAAAUCUCCAAGACGCUGGACCACCCUAACAUUAUCAAGUACUUAGGCGCUUACGAAACGUCACACCGAAUCUGCAUCGUCCACGAACUCGUGGAGGGCUCGGACUUACUAGAACACUUGCUGGAGAACGGCAAGAUGCCAGAAGACCAAGCGGCUGGCGUGUUCCGGCAGCUGCUGUCGGCGCUGGAAUACUGUCAUAACCGCAACAUCUUCCACCGCGACCUGAAGCUUGAAAAUGUCAUGGUCACUAAAGACUUGAAAGUGAAACUAAUUGACUUUGGUCUGUCGGAAGUGGUGGCCAACCCAGAGCAGCCACUGAAGACUGUGUGUGGCACACCUCUGUACUGUAGUCCAGAGAUUCUUUUUCUUCACGCCUCGGCACAAGCUGCACGUGAAGGCUUCCGUGGAGGCCCAGCCGACGUGUGGAGCGUCGGUGUACUUAUCUUUGCGCUUCUCACUGGCUGCGCACCUUUCGACGACUCGGACUUCCACAGACUGCGCCGAGAUGUUUCACGCAAUCGUAUCAAUUAUCCAGCGUACAUUUCCGACCAGGCGAAAGGACUACUGAAGAACGUGCUAGUUACCGACCCGCUCAUGCGUCCUACAGCCACAGAUAUGCUGUCUUACGGCUGGUUACAGGACUCACCUGCAUCGGACUCCCUGUCCGACAACCAGGAGGAGGACUGGCUGUGUACGAAGCGCAAAAGUGAACUCAACGAUGACAUUCGCUGUCGUUCACUCUCCUGCCGUCGUACAACUGCGUCCGAUGGCACGUACAGCUCAAGCGCGAGUCUCGAAGAUGUGUCAAAGCGCAAAACGUCGUCACCAACGCACUUCUCGAGCUUAGAGAAGGAGACUGCUGAGGGCAUUCCCUUUUGACUAUGAGAGCUGCCCCAUGGGAAGGCAACAGUUAGUAAAUUAACACACGACUGGAUCGCAAGGUUCGUCAACGCUAAUAUAUUUACCGGUACAACCGAACUGUGA